AGAGAAUUUGUCGAGCUAAUUCGAUUCGAGGUCGAAUAUUUCGUAUUUCCAUCUCAAGCAAGUAAAAUUUGUGGGAUUUUGCAAUCUUGGUGGCAUCAACUAAAGAAUAUGAAAGUAAAUGCACAUACACUAGCCCAGUUCUUGUUUCAACCCCCACAAAUGGCUCUCACUCUUUCAACCUCCCCCGCCACGACAAAAACUGUCAUCACUCACUUCCCGCAAAACCCAAAAACCUUAAUUCUUGAACAAUGCAAGACCACUAGAGAUCUCAAUCAAGUACACGCCCAUCUCAUUAAAACGCGCUUCGUCCAACACCCUUCCGUGGUUGAACCCCUCCUCGAAUCGGUCACUCUCCUCGUCUCCGACGCCACCGUUGAAUAUGCCGAAUCGAUUUUCUGUGCACUCGAGAAGCCCGACUCGUCUGCCUACAAUGUAAUGAUCAGGGGAUAUACGAAGAAGGGAUUGCCCGAAAAGGCAAUUCUUUUGUUCAGGCAAAUGAUCGAACACAUGGUGGAACCUGAUGAGUUUACGUUUCCUUCAAUUUUGAAAGCCUGUUCAAGGCUUAAUGCUUCGAGGGAAGGUGAACAAAUUCACACCCAUGUUUUGAAAUUGCAAAAUGGGUUUGGUUCUAAAGAGUUUGUUGAGAAUGCUUUGGUUUUUCUGUAUGCUAGUUGUGGUCGAGUUAAUUUGGCGCGGCAAAUGUUUGAUGAAAUGUCUAAAAGAAGUGCAAUUACAUGGAACUCGAUGUUUUCGGGAUAUGUUAGAGGCGGCUAUUGGCAAGAAGUUUUUGGGUUGUUUCGGAAAAUGGUCGAAAUGAAUGUUGGUUUUAAUGAAGUGACGUUGAUUAGUGUGUUGACAGCUUGCGGGAGGGUCGGGGAUUUGGAGUUGGGAGAAUGGAUUUCCGAAUAUGUAGAGGUGAAAGGGCUAAUGAAUAAUGCUAACUUGGUUACUUCACUUGUCGAUAUGUAUGCAAAGUGUGGCCGUGUGGAUAUAGCGAGUGGUUUAUUUGAUAAACUAUGUACAAAGGACGUCAUUGCUUGGAGUGCAAUGAUCUCGGGCUAUAGUCAAGCCAAUCAGUGCAAGGAGGCACUUUCUCUCUUCCAUGAGAUGCAAAAGACUAAUGUGGAACCAAAUGAGGUGACAAUGGUUAGCGUGCUUUCUUCUUGUGCUGUCCUUGGAGCUCUAGAAACUGGAAAAUGGGUUCAUUCUUAUAUAAAGAAGAACAAUUUGAAACUUACAGUCACACUUGGUACAGCGUUAGUUGAUUUUUAUGCAAAAUGCGGGUGCGUGGAUAAUGCGAUUGACGUGUUCAGAGUAAUGCCUUCGAGAAACGUGUGGUCGUGGACUGUGCUAAUUCAAGGUCUAGCUAAUGAUGGGCGAGGGAGAAGAGCUCUCGAAUUCUACAAUUUGAUGCUGAAAGAGAAGGUGGUGCCAAAUGACGUGACUUUCAUUGCUGUCCUAUGUGCUUGUAGUCAUGCAGGUUUGGUCCAUGAGGGUAGGGGCUUAUUUGCCAGUAUGAGCCGAGAUUUUGGCAUUGAACCAAGAAUUGAGCAUUAUGGUUGUGUAGUCGACAUGCUUGGACGAACAGGGUUGAUUGAAGAAGCGUAUCAGUUUAUAAAGAGCAUGCCCAUUAAACCAAAUGCUGUAAUAUGGAGAACUUUGCUGGCCUCGUGUAAAGUUCAUAAGCAUGUUGAAAUUGGAGAGGAAUCACUGAAGAAUGCAAUUAGAUCGGAGCCUGCACACAGUGGAGAUUACAUACUACUUUCUAAUCUAUAUGCAUCAGUAGGCAGAUCAGACGACGCUACAAGUUUGAGAAAUGAGAUGAAAGUUCUCGGAAUUAAAAAGAACCCCGGAUGCAGCUAUAUAGAAUUGGAUGGUAUCAUUCACGAGCUCUUGGCUGAAGAUAAAUGGCACGAGGAGUUGGACGAGAUAUAUAGAGCGACAGAGGACAUGGUUGAGCGUAUUAAGCUGGCUGGCUAUGUGCCUAACAUUGCAGACGCAAGACUAGAUGCUGAGGGACGUGAAAAGGAAGUUUCGAUUUCUCAUCAUAGCGAGAAACUGGCCAUUGCUUUUGGCCUAAUUAGGACUUCCCCUGGGGCUGCAAUCAGGGUUUCAAAAAAUCUAAGAAUAUGCAUAGACUGUCACAAUGCAACAAAGGUUGUAUCGGAAGUUUAUGAUAGAGAAAUCAUUAUCAGAGACAGGAACCGCUUUCACCACUUCAAAGAUGGGUCGUGUUCUUGCAAUGAUUUCUGGUGAACUUCUACUGGUUCAACAAAAGGGAAAGCCGUUGAGUUCAUUAAUAUUUUUAUUGUCUUGUAUCUCAUUAUAAUCUCUUUACGACUGGAACUGAAAGCAUAUCAAUUGAUUUCAUAUUCAGAUUAACAAACUUCAA